ACUCUCUCAUACACACACACACACUCUCACACACACUCAUACACACUCUCACACACACUCUCACACACACACUCUGCCCGGUGGUGGCUGUGCACCAUGGCCUUGCUGGAGCUCGCUAUGCAAGGCUUCUCCAUCUUCGGAUUUAUUUUAUUUAUUGUUCUCUGGCUGAUGCAUUUCAUGUCCAUCAUCUACGUCCGCUUGCAUCUCAAUAAGAAGAGCAGCGAUAAGCAGCCGUACAGCAAACUGGCCGGAGUGUCGCUGCUCAAACCCCUGAAAGGCGUCGACCCGAAUCUCGUCAGUAACCUCGAGACCUUCUUCGAGCUCGACUACCCGAAGUAUGAAAUUCUGCUCUGCGUGCAAGACCACGACGAUCCGGCCAUCGACGUGUGUAAAAAGCUGCUGGGGAAAUACCCCAGCGUCGACGCCCGCUUAUUUAUAGGCGGUAAGAAGGUUGGCAUCAAUCCAAAGAUAAACAACCUCAUGCCAGGUUACGAGGGAGCGAAAUACGACCUGGUGUGGAUCUGCGACAGCGGCAUUCGAGUGAGGCCCGACACGCUGAAGGACAUGGCUAAUCAGAUGACCGAGAAGGUGGGUCUGGUUCACGGCCUCCCCUACGUCGCAGACCGGCAGGGAUUCGCCGCUACGCUCGAGCAGGUGUAUUUCGGAACGUCACACCCUCGCUCCUACAUCUCGGCUAACGUGACGGGGAUUAAGUGUGUGACGGGAAUGUCGUGUCUGAUGAGGAAGGACGUUCUGGACCAGGCGGGCGGUCUCAUCGCGUUCGCUCAGUACAUCGCUGAGGAUUACUUCAUGGCCAAAGCCAUCGCUGACAGAGGAUGGAAAUUUUCCAUGGCGACGCAGGUAGCCAUGCAGAACUCCGGCUCGUAUUCCAUCGCUCAGUUCCAGUCACGCAUGAUCAGAUGGGCGAAGCUGCGGAUCAACAUGCUCCCCGCCACCAUCAUCGAGCCCAUCUCCGAGUGCUUCGUGGCGAGUCUGAUCAUCGGCUGGUCGGCGCAUCACAUGUUCCGCUGGGACAUCAUGGUGUUCUUCAUGUGCCACUGUCUCGCCUGGUUCAUCUCCGACUACAUCCAGCUGCGAGGAGUUCAGGGUGGUCCGCCGUCGUUCUCCAAGCUGGACUACGCCGUGGCCUGGUUCAUCCGCGAGUCCAUGACCAUCCAGAUCUUCCUCUCGGCGCUCUGGGAUCCCACCAUCAGCUGGAGGACGGGACGCUACCGGCUACGCUGCGGCGGCACGGCCGAGGAAAUACUGGACGUAUAAAAAAAGAAAAAAGAAAAAAAAAAAAAAGAGAGAGAGAGAGGAAAGAAAAAAGCACCUUGAAGCAGUGGACACACUUGUGACAAAACAGGAAGAGGAGAAAAAGUGGGCGGGGACAGAAAUAACUGCUCAUAAUCAUUUCAGAUUUACCUGUGUGAGUUUUAAGAAGUGAAUCUUUUUUUUUUUUUUUUUUUAAUUUCUUUUUUUUUUUUUUUUUUUUUUUUUAAAGAUUUUUAAGAACCUGUGGUGUGUGUGUUGCCGGGCGUGUAGUCGAGUGUUUAUGUUCUUGGUGCUUUUGCAGGCCUCGUGAUCCGAGGCUUCGAGUCCCAAAAUGAGCCAAUAACGAAUGACGUAGAAGAGGAGGAAGAGGGCGUGUCUUAACGUCGUUCCGGAAAAAAAAAAAAUGCAAAAAACCACAAAAAACAAUUCUUUAAAAUGAGUUUUAUUUAUAAGUUUUUAUGUCCUGUGGUUCUGAACAGCAUUGCACGCACCGGUAUAUCGUUAAAGGUGAUUAAAGUACGAAUGAAUCGAUACCGAUACUGGUAGCACUCCGAUAUCGUUAAAAAUAGAAAUUUAAAAAAAAAAUACGUGAUGCUACGUGACGUACGCGACGUGUACGUUUUAUGACGAAAUGACCACAGUCUGGACGUCUUUCAUGAUUAAAGAUCAAAGCAAAUCCCUGAUUGGUUAAUAUUUAAAUUAGUAAAAGAAAAAAAAAAAACAUCGUACUCAUUCUGAAAUCGUUCGGUUAUCGUUAGUUUAGCGGAUAAUCACUUUAGGAAAUUAGGAAAUCGCUGAAUUUUUGCGUUUAGUGCAUUUUUUUUUUUAUAUAUAUAUAUAUAUAUAUAUAUAUAUAAAGAUGUUGGAUGUCUAAACGUGUAAAAUUUGACCUGCUUUAAAAAAAAAAAAAAAAAAAAAAAAAAGUUCGACCCGUAGCGUGACCUGAGCUGAAUCAGUAUUAGCGUGAGAUUUCAGUUACGGUUUAAAACCUCCAAUCAGCACACAGCGAAACAUUUCCACGACUUGUAGAGUUUAGCGAUGAAUAUUUAUUUGUGCCACUAGGAUUUAGGUUUUUUUUUUUUUUUUCACGCUUUUCUUUGAUCUCGUACAACAAAAAGCUUUAAAGCCGAGUUCAGAGUUGAAAUUCAGCGCCUCACAUCGACAUUCACAUCAUUUCCUGGCUGCUGAUUGGCUGAAACGUUAAUGACUGAACGUAGCACUGUGUUAAUCUGAUGAACCGAAUUUGAAACGAAAUUUUCAGCGGCUUUCAAAAUUUUAUUUUGAUCUGAAUUUCGUUAAAAAAAAGUUUAAACUUGGAGUGAAAUCAGAAUCGCGAGAGUGUGUCACAUUUAAAGGAAUCAACAGAAUUGGUGUAAAUUUAACCUCUUUAAAAAUUCAGACCUUGAAAAUUCAGGUUUAAAAAAAUAAACCACAGUCAUCUAAAAAAAAAAAAAAAAAAAAAAAAGGUAAAAAAAAGUUGUUUUUUUUUAAAAAAAAAUCAUUUCCAGAUAUUAAAAUAAAAGAACAGCUUCAGAUUUUUUUUUUAAAUUCAACUUUUUAAAAAAAAGUCUUCAGAUAUUUCAGAAAAAACAACAGUUUUUGAUAUGUAAAAAAAAAAAACAAUUAGGUUCUCUUAUUCUGAUAUUAAAAUAAAAAUGCAGGUUAAAAAUAUCAAUUUAGGAUAUUUAAAAAAAAUCAAUAAUAAUAAUAAUCAGGUUUAAAAAAAGGCUUCAGAUAUUUAUGAAAAUGUUUACAGGUUUAAAAAAAAAAAAUUUAGUGCUUUAGAUUGACAAGGCAGUAAAAGUUAAAUUUGUGAAAUACAAUUUCACUCCGGAAUUUUUUAUUUAUUUAUUUUUUAAAUGGAGCAUGAAAGUGAUUCAGAUUUACAAAAUCCAAAUCCUAGUGCCAUAAAUAUUCCGUUAGAGGGAACACCGCGAGGAUUUUGAUGGAUGAUUUAGGUGUUUGUUUUUGUUUGCUGAAUUUGCUGCCUGACCCGUUGUGUGCGAUUCCUGAUUGGAGGAGAACCGUAACAGACAGUUACACGUCAGCGUAGCGUCAUUUUAUUUUAGCUUGAUGAUGAUGAUGAUGAUGAUGAUGCUGUAUUCUCAGACGGAGCGUUUCCCUCUGCACACACAUCGGAUACGACUCAUGAAGGGCUCUCGGCAGUUCGGAUCGGUCGGAUCAGGUGCGUUUGGGAUGAAUGAACUGACUGAAAUGUAGAGAGUUUAGCUCCGCCCCCUGACCUGACCACACCUGUACAGUCGUCAGUGUGGUGCGUUUUCUCUCUCGCCGUGCCGACACGUUCACGACAUGACGCACAUUCCUCUACCUGUGUGAAACUUCUCUUUUUGUUUAUUUAAUUUUAUUUUCUUCUCCCCACUUGCGCAGUCAGUCAGUAUUCCCGAGGCGUUUGUUGUUUACCUCAGGGAAGUGUUUUUUUUUUUUUUUUUUUUAAUUAUUUUUUCCAGCACACCUGAUUAUUUUAUUAAUUUUUAUUGAAUCCUGUUGCAUUUCAGUAAGUUUUUUUUUUUUUUUUUUAACCCAGUGACGCAUUUCAACUUAAAUUACAACGUGAACGCAGAUCUUUUGCGCCUCCUUGCAAGAAAAUAAUAAUAAAUUUAUUUUAAAAAAAAAACCACUUCCCGUGUCGUAAACUCAGAUCUGCCAACCUUUACGCACUUUUUAACCUCGGAGUACGCUGCUACGAGUUAUCGCUCAAAAAACAAAAAUACAUGCCAAGAGUGUCGUCUUUUUUCCCUUCUGUUUUGAUCUCUCCGAUAUUUACAGGUAUUCGCUGGAAGCCCCGCCCCCUUUCCACACGUCUCACAUUAGCAAUCGGAAAAUUUUCCAGCUGAUAAAACGGCCAAAAGUGGUAUUUUUUUCACCCGGAAGGCCAGAAUAAGAUCUACAGUGUGUAGAUCUACAACGACGUGCCAAAUCUAACACUUUACAAAUAAUUUUAACAAUAGCGAUGAUUACAAAGUGAUUAAAAUGGCGCUUGCGUCAUUGCGUUCCUGCGCCAGUUCCUGCGAUGUUUUCUGACAAACUUAGUUGGUUCACGUUCUCAAAAUAUAAACAGUCGUUUAAACCGUCAUGACCCUGACCAGGAUAAAGCCUGAAGAUGAAACGACAAAAGCAGGAACGUAUGACGUCACACAUGAGCAUCGUAACACGCUCCCGAACGUAGAAAGUAACGUAAAAUCCUACGUAUAAAUUCUGUUCGUCGUUGGCAGGUCUGUACAUCAGCGUGCUGCUCAAAGUUUUGUUAUUUUUUCCCCACCCAUGCUACUUUUUACUUUUCUCAUAGCUACGUGUAUAUCUCUGACUCCGCCCCCAGAUCCCGCCCCCUGCACUGAUGCUGACAGUAUUAUGCUGGAGAAGGUACAUUUUAUUGCAGUUUUUCUUUCUUUUCCCUCGUUCACUCUACUAACGGGAACUAAGCGUAACGUUCAGUGUCUUGCGUAAAACCCGACGCUUCACUCCAACGCCAAAUUCUUCCCCCCUACGUUUACCGUCACUGUACGUUUUCUUUCUAAAGAGGGAUUUCUCUAUAAAAAAAAAAAAAAAAAAAAAAAAAAAAAAAAAACAUCAGUCAGCAAUAAAAGUCUUAAAGUCCCACUCGGUUUAGCCUGUGAAACACACACGCACACGCUGCACGUGUGUAGAAAUAUUACUCCUAUACAUACAUACUGUAAAUUUACACACACACACACACACACAAUCUCUAUUAAACUUUUAUCAAACAUUUCAAAAUAUCUUCACGAGCAUUCUAGUGUAGUUCAACAGCGUGGAAUAACAAUCUACUGCUGUGAUGCAUGUAAAUAGAUGUUAGCUCUGUGUGUGUGUGUGUGUGUGUGUGUGUGUGUGUGUGUGUGUGUUGUUCUGCUGAUAAUGCCGCUGUAUUGAUUAGAAAUAUUACAACGUGAAUUUUUCGAUUUUUCCAUUUUCGGUUCAUGUCCUCUUCCUGAGCGAGAAUAUGACGCACUGUACAUGAGAGAGUGGUUGAGAGGUGUGUGUGUGUGUGUGUGUGUGUGUGUGUGUGUGCGCGCGCGCUCAUUUGACCUUUUUUUUCAAUACUGUGAGUGAGUGUAUAGUUGUGGUGUAGCUCACGGUGGGGAACUGGACGUCACAAUGAUACUCUGUGUGUUUGACUGAGCUGGUGUGUGUGUGUGUGUGUGUGUGUGUGUGUGUGUCUGUGUGUAAAAGGCUGGUGGUUGUGGCCCAACAUCAAAUUCCAAAUUGGGGUCACCUUCUUUUUCCCCCUUUAACUUGACAUCACCGUGUGUGUGUGUGUGUGAGAGUGUGUGUGUAUACACAUCCUUAUCUCUAAAACACAGCACUAAUGAGAUCUUUCCGUUAUUUCUGGCCCGAAACCCAGACCCUCGUGGUGUGAAUCCCGGGCCGUGUGAGAGACGAUGUUUGUGUUCGAUGUGCUGUAACGCCACCAGCCUCGCUUCUAGAAAAGUCCAGUUGUGAUCCACCGUCACUUAUUUUACACACUCGAUGCUGAAGACCUGCUUUUAUAUAAAAAAAUAAAAACAUGUACAGUAUAUUUAUGAAUUUUGUUUCAAUUGUUAAAGUGUUUAAUGAAGCUUAAUUUAUUCCUGAGCUGGACUUUUUUUUAUUUUGUAGUUCCUUUCUUUUAUCUUCAGUGUAGAGAACAAUUUUUUUUAAUUCUACAUGUUCCUGUUUUUUUUUUUUUUUCCCCCCCCAUAGAUGUUGCUGUGUUUGUGUUUAGGAGGGAAAAAAAACUUCUAAACUGCAGCAGGGAAACUGUCCUUAAAUUAAAGCUUUAUCAAACCUCAA